AUGUUGGAGAGUGGGACUGUGCUCCUUGCCUCCUCACCUUCCAGCGCUUCUUCCUCCCCUGGCCUGGCCAAGCCCCAGGAGCCCCUCCCUCUUCUACGGGGACGCUGGCUCCACUCUCUCAGCCUGUCGGAGAUACAUCAGGGCAAGGGCAUCGAUCUGGGGCCCAUGGAGUCUGGCCCUUCUCUCCUCUGCCUCCUCUUCCUCCUGCUGCCCUCCCACAGCCAGGCCAAGGCUGCGGCUCCUUGGCACCGAAGGCUUGAGUACAAGUUCAGUUUCAAAGGGCCAAGACUGGCGAUCGCCGGGCAAGGGAUACCCUUCUGGAGCCACCAUGGAGAUGCCAUUCCUGGGCUACAGGAGGUGAGGCUGGCCCCAUCCAUGAGGAACAAGAGGGGAGCCAUGUGGACCCAGGCUGCCAUCCCCUUUCCCAACUGGGAGGUGGAAGUGGCUUUCCAUGUAUCUGGGCUGGGCCGCCUGGGAGCUGAAGGGAUGGCAGUGUGGUAUGCCCGGGACAGAGGCCAGACUGGUCCAGUCUUUGGUGGUCCUGCUUUCUGGGAUGGCAUCGGGAUCCUCUUUGACUCUUUUGACAAUGAUAACCAGAACAACCCUGCCAUCCAAGUCUUGGCAAAUGAUGGACAAAUUCCUUACGACCAUCUCAGGGAUGGAGGAGGCCAGGUGCUGGGCUCAUGUGUUCGGGAUUUCCGGAACCGUCUGUACCCAUUUCAAGCUAGAAUCACCUACUGGGAGGAGAAGCUAUGGGUAUACAUUAACAACGGCCUCACUGCCCAAGGAGCGAUAGAUGAGGUCUGCACUGAAGUGGGACCCCUUCUUCUGCCCCCUGGAGGCUUCUUUGGGGUCUCAGCAGCCACUGGCACCCUAGCAGAUGACCAUGACGUCCUGUCUUUCUUGACCUUCAGCCUGAGCAAGCCAGCUCCAGAGGCUCUCCCCUAUGUCAUUCCUGAAUCGGAGCAGCACAGGCUCAAGCAUCAGCUGCAGGAUUUGCAGAAGGAGCUGAAACACCAGAAGGAAACUUCUCCAAAGCCAGAAUUGGCCUCCCCCUUUUGGGGGGAAGGGUCCCUUGACCUAGAGCUGACCCUCAAGAGACACAGUCAGGUCCUAGAGGAGCUGCAGGACCUCUCAGGAAAGAUGGCUCAGACUGUGGGACAGUGGAGGAGUCAAAUGCAGUUCUUGGGGCACCCGGACAAGGAAAUGCAGGAGGCUGAUGGUGCCCAGGGAGCGACCUCUGAAAAGAUGCCGAAGUGGGAGGGACACUCAGAUAUAUCCCACCGAUAUGGUCCUGUGGCUACACAGAGCAGGGUUGAGAUGGCAAGCCCAGAGCAAAUCCUUGGCUGUCAAGACCAGUGUACCGAGCCUGGGAAGAGGAAUGGACGGGCAGGCUCUGCUCAGGUGUGCCCAGCUGGGUUUGAUCUUCAGGGAGCGCAACUGAGGAUUAAUUCUGCUGCUGUAAGGAUCCUGCUACAUGGACAACAGACUUUGCUUCAGAACAUGCAGGAGAUGAGGGCUGCUGCUGCCCGCAUCACCUCCAAGGCUGAGGUGUUCUACUUGCCUGUGGGCACAGAACAUCACUUCCAGGAGCUGCAUCAGAUCUUGGCCCUGCUGCAAAGAGACGUAGAAAGUUUGCUCCACCUACCGAAGCAUGCGGCCAAGGCCUCCUCUUCCCAUGCGGGGAGGGUCCUGUGUCUGUCCCGUGGAAUCUUUCUGCUCUUUCUCCUGAUCCAAACUGGUUGUGCCUUUUACUGUCUGCUCUUCAGGUGGGAGACUGACAGGAGCCUCAGAGAAUGCUUUUCUAAGAAUUCCCUUGUCCUGGCCCUUGACCCCAAACAGCUGUUCAGAAGACUCAACAGAGUGGCAAGACAGGACUCCCUGACCCCAUGAACAUUCCCCAAACUCCCCACCUCAGCCAAACAGGCAAAAAACGCCCCUUAUUUGGCUAGGUGUGCUCUAGCCUUCCCUUUCAAUAUGUUCUCUUUCCUUACUGUUUUCUUCCUGGGCAUGUUUCCUUGGAAGACUAAUUCAGGAUGAACCCUCUGCUACAUUAAAAGCAUCUGGUGG